AAAAAAUCUCAUAUCGCCCAGCUCUACGCUCAAACAAGUUUCACUUCUGCUGUUAACACCUUUAUUAUUAUUGAGGACUAGAAAUGUGUGCAGCUCAACUAUAAACAUUAAUAAUGAAGACUGAAGUUUACAUCAUUGUUACAAAACACAUAAAAGAUCUGAUUCACCAGUUUUAGCAUGGCGAUGAUUGAAUUGUGCCUGAUUAAUACUGUAACACUGUAAAAGGCAGAUGAAAACAGGUAGUCAGGUAGAGGAAAUGUUUCUCCCACUCUAACUUUUUUUGCAGUUGCAUUUGUUGUAAUUUGUGAAGAUGUUGAUUUUAUAAAUUAGUGCAACUCUUCUCUAAUGGCUUGUUGUUUUUCUUCAGCAAUAAUGCCACCAAAAAAUGCCAAGCCCAACUUAAGCCAUUCCCAGGUGUCUGAGAUUGUGAAGAGGCUCUACCGGCUGACUGCAUCAGUGAUUCAGUCUCUGCCCAGUUAUGAUGACCAGAACUUCUAUGUGGCGCCCAGUGAGGGUGGCGAGUAUAUCCUAAAGAUAAUGAACUCAGAGGACAGCAAGAAUACCUUGCUGAUUGAGGUGCAGACAUACACCAUGUCCUUCCUACAACAGAAUGGAAUUCCUGCUCAAACCGCGCUGCCCAACACCUCAGGAGAGCGAAUGAGUCUGGAGGAAAUUGAUUGUGGUUUUGGCAGUCAGAAGUACCUGGUGAGACUGUUGACCUAUUUGCCUGGGACAACCAUCUCCAAGGUUCCUUUAACUCCACAGCUGCUGUAUGAAAUGGGGAAAACUGCAGCUAAAAUGGACACAGUCAUUAAAAAGAUGAAACACCCUCAUCUUCACGUGCUGGAGAGAGAGGGGUUCAAAUGGAGUCUGUCAAAUGUUGCUCUCCUGGAAGAUUACCUCUAUGUGUUAGACGGAGAGCCUCUGCUGGAGGUUGUGAAGUCUGUAAUCCAAGGGUACAAGAGCUCUGUGGAUCCCAAACGCUCUAGUUUUCGCAAAUGCAUUAACCAUGGCGACUUCAAUGACCUCAAUGUCCUGGUACAGCCUAAUGAUAAAGAAGGCUAUAGGAUCACCGGUAUUCUGGACUUUGGCGACAUGAAUAGUGGCUACUACAUCCAUGAGCUUGCAAUCACCGUCAUGUACAUGAUGAUUGAGCACCCUAAACCCAUCGAGGUGGGUGGACCCGUCCUUGCUGGCUGGGAAAGCGUCCUUCCUCUCAAUGAGGUGGAGAAAGAUUGUCUAUAUUUGCUGGUGCUGUCCCGCUUUUGCCAGUCCUUAGUUUUAGGUCGUUACUCUCUGACCUUGCACCCAGAAAAUGAAGAGUAUCUGAUGAUUUCAUCCAGAAAGGGUGUUAACAUUCUCCAGCAGCUCUGGGAGUUAGGAAAGGAGCAGGUGGAGAAGCUGUGGUUUGAGACUGCUGCUCAGCUCAGUGACAAAAGUGAAAGACAGGAACAAACUUGUUCAUGAAGGCAGUGACUCCACCGAGCGACAAUUUGUCCAAAAAAACGAAGAUUGUCUUUCCACAGUUAAAACAGUUUAUAUCUUUUAAACUUGUUUUAUUUCAGACAGAACAACAAGGAACGUCAAAGUGUUUCAAUAAAGCUAGAGGAGUAUAUAAUGUGUCUGAGAAGAAAUUUAGAUACUGUUGUGGAAUAAGGGAAAUAUUUUACUGCUACUCAUACUCAUCAUUAUUACCAUUGCAUUAAUCAAAUCAAUCAUCAUUUCAGUAAAACAUUUAUUGAAGCUGUUGGCAUUACAUUAACCUUUUUACUACAGGUACAGCUAAGACCAUUUUAUACACAUUGCAUCUUGUGCUUAUUAAGAAGUGUAUUCUGCUCAGUCAAUCGAAGGUCUCAAGCUUUGUUUGGUGCGAUGUCCAGACAAUCUAUUGUAAAAGUGACUUGGAGCAACAGAAGGUUAAAACUGCGUACACGCUUACAAAACACAUAUAAUACAUAUAAUCUAGAAACGGGCUUGAGUGAAGGCCUGAAUGUAUCCGGCUUCUUGUUGCAUCUGAGUUUGCUUAGUAACAGGUGACAGAAGAUGGGCCAAAAAGGAGGACAUCAACAUCAGAGCCUGAAUCCAUCGCCAUAUUUGGAGAAGAUGCUAGAGAGGGGAACUUCAGAGUCUGCAUUUAUCUCUUAAGAUUGCUCAUUGUCUAUAAAACAUGCAAAUGAUGUUCUUAAAAUACAAAUUAUGUUCUUGUACAACGCGAGAAGGGGCGUUAACCAACCCUGACGUUAUAAAAGCAAUCUGAAGUGUAUUUUUGGGCGGAGAUCUACAUCUGAUGUUUUGCAGUGUUCAUCUUCCCACGCGUGUGUUCAAUAAUCAUCUGUUUGAUUGCAUCCUCCUGGGCCUCUAUUUUGUGUUGGUUCUCAGUUGGGACACUGUAUAAAAACUAUUAAUGAAGUACUGUAAAAGAAGAGGUAGUUAUUAGCAAAUUCAUGGAUGAGAAACUGAAAAAGCGAUUACUAACUCCCACAGUUAAGUGCCUCAGAUCUCCUUAAAAAGGAAAAAGUAACUGAAUUGUCAUCUUAUUUUACAGAUUACGGUAAAUGACAGAGUGAUUUAAUCAGAUUGUUUAGAGAUGCUUAAAUACGUCUGAAUUAAACACAUCCACGUUCCUCUACACUUUUAAGAUGGUAAGAGGUGAGCAGAUGCUGCUCAUCAAAUGCAGAAGUUGUAGCAGUUUGCUUGUUUGAAGCGUUCAGUUGUGUGUGUUAAUGCACUGCUACAAUCUUCCCAGCAAAUUUCCCUCCAAGUUCAGAAUGUGCAGUGCUCAAUUAGGCAAAAGGUGAACAAAUAUGUUUUGUUUAGAAGGAAAGCCUCUUAUCCCUAAAAAAGCACAUGGCAGCACACCUUAGGUUUGCAAGGUUACAUCUGAACAAACUACAAAAUUUCUGGAACAAUGUCCUGUAGUCAGACGAGACCAAAGUGGAGAUGUUUGACCAUAAAGCUCAGCACCAUGUUUGUGGCAGAAACUAGCAUAUCAGCACAAAUACCUCAAACCAACCACAAAGCACAGUGCUGGAGGGGAGAUUAGCGGGACUUGUUUUACAGUCAAGGGACUUGGACACCUUCCAGUCACUGAGUUGACCACAAAGUCCUCUGUAUACCAAAGUAUUCUACAGUGAAAUGUGAGACUUUGUCAGACAGCUAAAGUUUGGCUUAAACUGGGCCACGCAACAGGACAGUGAUCCCAAGAUGCUAGAAGUCCAGUCCAGUCAACUCUGUGCAUUAAUGAAUGUUUGCAAACCUCAAUUAACUGAAGCAAUCUUGUAGAAGAACAGUUGAGACUUAUAAAGCCAUAUAGAAGCAAUUACCUGACGUUUUUGGUGCUAUAGGUGGCUCUACAACUGUUGUAUGUAUGUAGUAUCGUACUGUGGAAACUUUUUCAAAUGACUGCAGUAGUCAUUCAGUGCAAUUUCAAAAACAAUUAGCCUGCUAGCUAGUUUGCUCCAGCUACACAGAGCACUACGGACUAAGAUGUUUCAUCCCACUGUGGCGACCUGUUGAAGCAGAAUUUCCCAUAAUUGUCUCUCCCUCUGACAUCUCAGUGCUGCUGAAGUUUCUCAUUAUUAACGACUAAACCAGUGGAAGAAUUAAGAAAUAAUCUGUCAUUCAAAGUAAAAGUAAAAACAGCUGAAACAAAAAGUACUGCUCACAUUUUAAUCUGUAUAUUUUCCCAUAAUGAUGCCAGAGCUCAAGAAACAACUCUGUAAGCUACACUGUCUACUCUGCAACGGACUUUCUGGAUUUUCAAGUAACGGCGAAUUUCGAAACCGAAAUAAAAAACAGGAGGCCCCGGGGCAGACCCAGGACACGCUGGAGAGAUUAUAUCUCUCGGCUGGCCUGGGAACGCCUUGGUAUUCCCCCGGACAAGCUGGAGGAGGUGGCUGGGGAGAGGGAGGUCUGGGCCUCUUUGCUUAGGCUGCUGCCCCCGCGACCCGACCCCGGACAAAGCGGAUGACGAUGGAUGGAUGGAUGGAUGGAAAUAAAAAACAAAUCAUUUACUAUGCUAAGUAAAUCAGUGCCUCCCACUGACCACCUUAGAAUUCGUUUUUACAAUAACUUUCAAAUAUUUAAUGAGGCCAUGCAAUUUUUCAGCAGCUUUUUCUUUUCGGAUUUGGUCCUUUUUAUUUGGAAUGGGCCUUAAAAGAUUUAAAAUCUCAAAAAAUGUGUGGCAUUUUGACUGGAACCAAGUGUUUGCUCACUUUGUUUUUAUUAAUUUUUGUUCUCUUUCAAUUAUCUAUUACCUUUCUACUUGAGAAUGUGUUGUGGCUUAUCCAAGUCCAGUCAGGUGAAAGCUCUAAUUUCUGUAAAAGAGUGUCUGCUUCCAUAAAACAGAGAAAUGGGGUCACAUUUCUAAGUACAACAAGUCUUUUAUUGUACAUCUUUAAAAGGCUCAACUACAGCGUCUGUAUUCUAGCAUUUUGUAUGCAAUGGUUUCUGGUAAAUCACUGACUUGAUCUGGAUUGUAAAACUCUUUGAAAUUGCUGCACUUUUAAAAGACAAAACAUGUCAAUUUAAAAA